CACAUUUUCGCAGUUUUUCAAACAAAGAAGUCGGCAAAAGAGAUCAGGUUAAUUUAAUUAAAAUAUCACUGAAAGUACGCUUUAACUCAUAAAUAUUCAGUUGUGAAAUCAUUCUAAGCCCGAAAAGAUGUCUGAUUCAUUCGUAAUUCCGUUGGAGAGCAAUCCAGAUGUUCUUAAUAAGUUCAUGAAAUCCAUUGGUGUGGCUGAUAAAUAUCAGCUUUUUGAUGUCUAUGGAUUAGAAGAAGAUACAUUGGCUUUUUUGAACAAGCCUGUGCUUGCAUUUAUCUUGCUUUUCCCAUGCACCGAAAAUUAUGAAAGUCAUCGUAAACAACAAGAUGAAGACUUGAAGGCAAAUCCGACUAAAACACCGGAUAAUUUGUUCUAUAUGAAGCAGUACUUGCAUAAUGCUUGUGGAACUGUUGCUCUUUUCCACAGUAUCUUAAAUAACUUAGAUCGCAUCACUCUUGAAGACGGUCCUUUAAAGAGUUUCUACGAAAAAGCCAAAGACUUGUCACCAGAAGAACGUGGAAAGUUGUUGGAAAAGGAUGAAGGAAUCAUCAAAAUUCAUCAGGAAAUUGCUCGCGAAGGACAGACUGAAGCUCCACCAGCACAAGCUGAAGUCUUAUUCCACUUUAUUGCAUUGACAAAAGUUGGUGAUGAAUUGUUUGAACUCGAUGGUGGCAAGUGCGGUGCUGUUAGUCAUGGAAAGACAUCUGAUGACACUUUCUUGACUGAUGCUGCUGCUGUCUGCAAGAAGUUCAUGGCACGCGAUGAAAAGGAAUUGCGUUUCUCAUUCAUGGCUAUUGCUGCUGCUGAAAAAUAAAUACAUCGUACUGAUCUCAUUCAUUAAAAAUCAUAAAGAUUUAUAUUUUUAAAAUUUAAUUGCUGCUUAAAAUCAUCAUUGUACUAAUAAUAACUAUGCAUAUAAUGCUUUUGUGUGAUCUGGAAUUAAGAAAGAAAAAUAAAUAAGAUAUUUUUGGAAUAUUGAAGCUUUAAGCUAAUGAUCUGUGGUUUGAUUUCUUUGCUUUAAGUUGGU